CUCCAGUGCUCCAGCCUGAACAUUCCAGAGGAUGACAGGGAGGACCUGAGAUGGCCUUCUUCAACCUAUAUCUAUUGGGAUAUCAAAACUCCUUUCGGGAAAAGAAAAGGGACACAACUGAAGAAACAAACCAGAAGGAACUGGCACCCACUAGGCUUCCCCCUAUUAUCCCAGAAGAUGGGAAUUAUUCCGUGCACCAGAAUAGCCACACAAGGUACCACGAAGCUGUAAAGAAGGUGUUGUUAAAGACAUUCCCCAAUCAGGUCUUCAGAGUCCCCUUGACUGAUGCUCAAAACUUCAGCUUCUGGCGGUCCCAUGAUGCAGGAGUGUGCCCAGAGGAAACCAUGCCAUGGAUCCGAAGCCCCCGCCACUGCCUCAUCAAAAGCCCAAUGACCAGGUUCAUGGAUCACUCUGUUCUUAGUGACAGAAACUUCAGUCUAUAUUGAGCAGGAUGUGUUUACGGAAGGGCAAGAUGAACUGUGGAAGCAGGGCAAAGAAAAAGUGGGAGAGGGUGUCCUGGUUCCACUGACUGACUAAUGGGAGGAGGGAUCACAAAAACAGAGUAAACAAAUUGGACCAGAAGUCACUCAUGUGCACUGGGAGUGAGGCAGAGGGAAGUCAUUCUCAUGCCCAAAUUCCUGUGAGAUCAGCUGUAUGCGAAUCCAAAGCUGGUGUUUGGGAGGGGCCAGGAUACAGAAAAGACCAUCGAGGGGGUCUUGACCUCAUGAAUGGCAGGUGUCAGAAUAACAAGUCUGGGAAGACACACACUGGUCCUCAUGAAGGGCCUAGAGUAGUCAUGCUCUCUGAAGACUGCAACUUCACCUUGGCAGCGAGAAAACCAGAAGAAGCCUUCUAUCCACUGAGGAAAAGGCUCACAGAGCCCUCCGGCAGGAGGCUACCUCCUGUACCCAGCUCUGCCACUUCUGACCCAACCCAGGGCCCAGAACAUCUUCAGAGAGCUAAGAAUUUU